AGCAGGCUCUACAUUCACUUCGCACCAUAAGGAUUACUGACCUGACUGGAUAUUGUCUUGACUGUGUCCCACUUGGAUCUGUCUCACCGCGUGUCCUCUGUCUCUCUCCCCCCUGUCCCCUCGCUCCUCUCCCCUCAGGAUGUCGUGUGAGGAGGCUCAACUUCACAAAGAGCGGCUGCAGGCCCUAGCGGAAAAGCGAAAACGACAAGCAGAAAUCGAAGACAAAAGACACCAGCUGGAUGACCUGGUGCUGCAGCUACAACAUGUCAAGUCCAAAGCUAUGCGGGAGAGAUGGCUGCUCCAGGGAACUGUAGUGGAGGAAGAGGAGGCCCGAAGAAAACAGCUGGAGCAGGACGAAGAGCAGGGGAAGAGGCUAGAGGACAUCAUCCAAAGACUGGAAUCUGAAAUAGAAGCUCUCGAAAGUGAAGAGUCUCAGAUAUCGGCCAAAGAGCAGGUUCUACGAGAGCGGCUAAAAGAGACAGAGCGCUCCAUCGAGGACCUGCAGAAGAGUCUGAUGAACCAGGAUGGAGAUGCUACAGGCUGCAUGUCGGACCGCGGCCACCCCAGCGUAGAGCAGCUUGUCCGGACCGGCCCGCCAGCAUCUGGAGAGCACGCCACCUCCAGACCUGCAAUGUUUGCCAUGGAGAUCAACGUACAGCGUGACCCUCACACCGGGGAGCAGCGUGUUCUGUCAGCCAGCCGUGUAAGCCCCUCGGAAGCAGCCACCCGUGGGGUCAAAGUCUAUGAUGAUGGGAAGAAGGUGGUCUAUGAGGUGACCUCCUCAGGGGCGGUGUCUACCACCACCAUGGAGAACGGGUGGAGCUCCAGUCAAGUGGAGCAGCUCAUCCAGCAGGCUGCUCGGCCGGUCAUCCACAGAGGAGACAGUAUGAGGGGUCAUGUGACCGUGAGCCCUGCUCCAGCCAAACCUCCUCAAGCUGAUGAUGACCUGUCACCCCCUUCCUGCGCCCCACCCUCUAUCCCCUCCAGCCCCCCAGCACAGGUCACCCUGCAGAGGGAGCCACAACUGGGCAUGAUGCCCCCAACCUCUGCUCCUAUCACUACUCAGCCAGGUGCACAACCAGGCCCAGACCCCCAGGUGUCCACGGAGCACCCGGUCACUAUGGUGUUUCUGGGAUACCAGGAUGUGGAGGACACCAGUGAGAGUCGCAGACUGCUGGGCUUUGAUGGAGCGGUGAAGGCGGAAGUGGUUCUGAUCGAUGAAGAUGAUGAGAAGUCUCUGCGGGAGAAGACAGUCACAGAUAUCUCCGCCAUAGACGGAACAGCAGCAGAUCUGGUGUCAGGACGUCCCGCCACGUCUGAAGCCGUCAGCACAGAACUGUCCUCAGAGGGGCGCGAGCCAGACUCAGCCUCAUCACCCAACGCCAACCAGGAAGCCACAGCCCCGCCCCCCGGCCUGACCCCACCCACAGGCUACAUCCCAUCAUCAGGCGUUACCGUGACAACAGCAAAUGGAUGUGAAGCACCCAUUCUGACCGGACACCCGCACACUGCCACGAAAUCGUGGCUGGCGGCCGAGGAUGUGAGUGACCCCGUCCCCAGAGAGCGAGCCCUGAAGAGCGUUAGUUUUCAGGAGUCAGUUAGCGUCAUCACUGACAGUCCUGCAACCAUGGAACUGGAGAGCCAGCAGAUCCAACAUGGCUGCCUCAGCAUGUCACACAAUGCAGUCGGCCUGAAAGAAACUCCUGACAGUGAUGUUGUACAGGAGAUCUGCUACUUAGAUCAGGUGUUAGAUGCUGCCUCAGAUGCACCUACCAAUGGAGAUUCAACAGAGCACCCAAAAACUGCCAGCACAGAUGGCUUUAGCCCCUCCUCCUGCUCUCCUAUCAAUCACCAAUCACAUGAGCAACACUCUCCUAUCCACACCAACGGACAUGUGCUGGAGGACUAUGGCCAAAGCAAGCCAAAGUUUGAACUGAGGGCAUUUCAUGAGGAGAGGAAGCCUGCCAAGCUCUUCUCUCCCGGGGAUGAACAGCCGGUUAGGGUGACGAGGAGGCGACCAUCAGAGGAGGUGCAGGAGUUGGAGCGUGAGCGCCAGGAGCUGAUCAAAGACCAGGCUGUGAAGAAAAACCCUGGAAUCGCCACUCGCUGGUGGAAUCCCCCUCAAGAGGUUCCCCUGGAGGAGCAGCUGGAGGCAGAGCAGCUUGAAUCUUUAAAGAAAUACCAAGAGAGGAAGCAGCAGAGACAGACUCAUCCCCACACAUACACACAGCCUCAACUGUCUGGCCCUCCCACUGUGGUGAGCUUUGACCCCCAGCUCACCCGGAAGGAGGACAUUGUUGAGGAGCAGAUUGAUUUCAGGUUGGCCCGAAAGCAGUUCCUCCAAGACAACAAAAAAGACAUCGCUCCUCACAUCUACUCAGCCAAACCCUUCUCCAAACCACGCACCAGCCAGGGCAACAGUGACAUCAGCGUUGAGACUGGGGAGAGUCAUGUGACCUGGUCCGACGAGGGGAUUGGAGGAGACUUCACAUGCGCUCGGGCCGUAAUGACCAUCCUACCUGAAGACGAAGAAGCUAAAGCCCAGUAUCAGUCAAGCUUUCACCCUGAGGAAUCAGACUCCGGACUCGACGAAUUAUCUGUCCGCUCCCAGGACACAACCAAUUUCAGUUUGGAUAACGUGUCCGACAGUGGAGCCUCACUGCCCCCUACCCCUCAGCCUCUUACCCCUAUCUCCCCUCCAACCCCACAGCCCACCACCCCCAUCAAUGGACAAAAUGGCGGCAGCCCCUCUGAGGAAGAUCUCGACUACCACGCCGGAGUUCUUGUGGAGAAUGCUAUCCAGAACGCACUGGCCGCUCAGAAUGGGAAAGACUGGCAAUCAUCGUAUUCUGACUCGAGCGCCCCAGCAUCUCCUCCCGCUUCCAAACAACCCUUAUCGAGUAGCCCACUGCCAGUGUCCUCAAGCAAUAGCGUCCAAUCUUCAGUCUGCUCCAGCCCAGAAGUUAAAAACCAAGAAAAACGUUCUGAAAAUCUCCAAACUCCUUCUCCGCCAACUUCUCAGCCAGUAUCGCCAGCAGCACGACCCAAAAAUGGUGGGCCAAGAAUCAAAAUACAAUCUUCUUAUGCCAGAGCUCUUGCUGCGUCCGCUCCCUCCGUAAACCCAGCACCUGCCCCGGUAGCACAGGUGACCAGACCCACCCCAGUUUACCGUCCUCCAUCUCCACCCAGCCCAGACAAACCAGAAUUCAGCUAUUUCAGUAAAUACUCCGAAGCGGCAGAACUUCGUAGUACGGCCGCAGUGACAAAAGGCCCAGAGGUGGAGCCCGCGAGUGGACCUUUCCGUUUGAGAUCCAAGAAGCAGAAAACCUUGUCGAUGAUCGAAGAGGAGAUCAGGGCAGCGCAGGAGAGGGAGGAAGAGCUGAAGAAGCAGAGGGAGAACCAGCCUAUAGUGGUGGUGAGGGGCAGCGGAGGAGGGACGAUUAGCAGUAAUAAUGGGCCUGUGAGGACGGGAGUGAGGAAGACCACCAUAUCUCCAGCAGAUAAAAUGAAGAGUAACAGUCUGCCAACCAGGCUCACAAUGACUGCCAAGACAGCUCCAGGAAAGAUCGAGAAAGUGCGACCUGCUCCUCCAGUCUCACCCUCCCCUUCUGAAGGAGCCCUGUCGGAUGCCGGCAGUGAGGACUCCUCUGGGUCAUCACGCCCCAAAAACUUCAUGCAGACGCUGAUGGAGGAUUACGAAACACACAAGGUCAAACGGAGGGAGAAGAUGGAGGACUCUCAAGUUCUGGAAGCUACUCGCGUAACCAGGAGAAAGAGCGACAUGGCUAUGAAAUGGGAAGCUGGUAUCUACACCAAUGAGGAAGGUCAAGAAGAAGAGGAGGAAGAGGAGGAAGAGUGAAAAAAUAAUUGUUGCUAUGGACCAUUUUGACACAUGAAAGCAGGACUCUAAGGACGAUGGCAUUGAAGGAUUGAGAUGGGAGCGAACAGUAUUUAUUUUACUUAUAGUAUUCUGACUAUCAUUGUGGAAAUGCAUUGACUUUUGGACCUAAGAACGAAAACCAGUAUGUUGGAAGUACGUGGGAGACUAUUCUAAAUGGUAUCUUGAAAGAUGUGUUGAAAGAAAACAUAUUUGGAAAGUUGUUUUGGGAGUAUAAUUUUUUUGUUUUGUUUUUUUUAAUAGAGAUUGAUUGGUGACGCUGAAUGACUUCUUAUUCAUAGGAUUUCACACUAUGGAGUUUUUGUGGUGGCCUAAAAGUUAGUCAGAGAGAUUGUUUUGCAGUGAUAUCAAUUCACUCCACGGUUUUUGAAAAUGAUAGAGAUAAUUUUGCGAUGAAAGACAGUAAAAGAAUUCAAGCUAGUCUGUUUUUAGCACGUUGCAAUGACAAGGCUAAAUCCAUUCAAAGUACUGAAAUGGACCAAUGGAAAAAGAGAUUGUUGAAUGCACAAUUUGUAUAUAUAGCAUCUUUUUUUCAGCGCUGCAAUUCCAACAGGCCUUAGAGAACAUAGGUAGAUGUGUCUUAUAAUCACUACAGUGGCUUGACAAUGUCUAUGAAGUAGCUUGAUGGGAAAUUGAUGAACUGCAUAAUAUAAGUUAAUCUUAAGGGCUUUUUAAGUGUUUCUAUACUUAACGGUCUCUUAUUUUAGCUUUUUGGUUUGUAAUGCUUUGUGAACUUGCCUUUUCUGAUGUAAGCAGUUUUUCAUGUACUAUAAUACCAAGGUAGGAUUGUCUAUCGCAUAAGCAUAUACACCUGCAGGGCUACUUGCUUGCUGGCGUUUUGGGAAAAAAUAUUGAAAAUGUUUUGUAAAAUUGUUGUCAUACCAAAAGUUUGUAGUUUGAGAUAAUCUUUUGAAAGUUGCCUAAAUUUGAAGUUUAAGACAUGCUGAUUGUGAACAUUCAACUAAAAGCCUUUUUGAUCAUAGUUUAGGACAUAAUGAUAGCAAAGAAGUAUGUUUUUAUAUUGCGUUGGACAAUAGACUGGAGAGUUGUCUGUAAGAAUUAAAUUAUGCUAUUAUACUAUGAAUUAUGGAUUGAAAGAUACAAUAUUUCUGAACCACUGACAAUGAAUGAGUAAGAUGUUUUUAGGGUGGCUUUGAGCAUUUUUACAUUUUUUAUUCAAACCAAAGGUCACCAUUUUGAUUGUCUACCAGUUUUGUUUGUUCGAAGUGUCCUUUAGCUGAUAAUAGUGUAAUAGUGAAACUAGGCCUAUGUAUUUAUUUCAACAAGACUAGAGUUAAAAGUGAAAGAGUAAAAUAUUCUAAAUACAAAGAACAAAGAAUCUCCUUAACUAUUUAGUAAUAUGUAUUUGAAUCAGCGUAUUAAAUAGACACAGCAUUCUAGCUAGUCUUUGUAGAGAAGUCAAGUUUUCUCAUGGUAGACUUAGAUAUUUGAUUUAAAUACACUUGACAACUCAUUAUGAUGGGCUAUUCGGUUACAAUGACUGCCACAUACUGUGUUGACUUUUGCAAAAUGCUUUUUUGUAUGUUACAAAGAAACAAAAUGUGUAUUGUGUCUAAAAAGUCAAAUUCCUGACAAACGCACUGUUGGCCUAUGUCAGAUUUGUUGCAAUUUGAUGUUUGAAUUCAUGAUGCAGAGAUGAUUUUAUUUAUCAUUUUAUUGCAGGUUGCUUCAUCCAUUGGGAGUCAUAGUGCAAAAUGUGUGUGUGUUGAAGCGACCCUAUAUUAAAACAAUAUAACCUCUGUUCCUAUGUUAACCACUUGUAUGCUCAUAACCUGCUUUGUUCUUUUAUAGCACAUGUAAGCCUCACGUAUACACCCGCUAUUACAUACUAUGAAUAUUUUCUCAAUAAAAACAAAAUACUUUAA